UAAAAAAAAACAAAAGAAAACGAGAGAGAGAGAGAGAGAGAGAGAGAGAGAGAGAGCACAUGUGACAUGAGUACCGUACCGUUGUUGUCGAUGUUGGUGGGUGGGUAUCAUAUCAUCACUACAAUAUGAUUACUAGACAGUAGACGAGACAUUACCCAGCGUAAUUCUGACGCACCACAACACACCAUCACCACCGCCCUUUCUCUCCCUCCUUUUCUAGGGUUUACCAUAACUGCUCCUGCGACGCCAUUGGAACAAAGAUCCGAAACACAAAGAUUUUUAUAUAUAUAUCUAUCUUUAUAUUUUCAGUGUUGUCUUAUUCAUCUACACAGCCUUUCUCUCACUUAGAACCCCGAGCUAGAGAUUGGGGGUUUAGGGUUUUGAGGAAGCCUGAUGGCAUCCUCGGCUCAAUCCCUCCGUUAUGGCGCCUCCGCCUCCGCCGGUGGACCUACUGGAACCAGCUCUGAUGCGCUUAGUCGAAUUCUUGCUGACCUCUGCACCCGCGGCAACCCCAAGGAUGGAGCUUCUUUAGCUUUUAAGAAACAUUUGGAGGAAGAAGCUCGUGAUCUUAGUGGUGAAGCCUUUUCACGUUUCAUGGAUCAGUUGUAUGAUCGGAUUUCUGUUCUUUUGGAAAGUAAUGAUGUGGCAGAAAAUUUGGGAGCUUUAAGAGCUAUUGAUGAGUUGAUCGAUGUUGCUCUUGGAGAGAAUGCCUCCAAAGUCUCCAAAUUUUCUAAUUACAUGCGAACUGUGUUUGAAGUAAAGCGUGAUCCUGAUAAUCUGGAACUAGCCAGCCGCGUUUUAGGUCAUCUAGCAAGGGCUGGUGGAGCAAUGACCGCAGAUGAGGUGGAAUAUCAGGUAAAAACUGCACUUGAGUGGCUGCGUGGAGAUAGAGUGGAGUAUCGUCGUUUUGCUGCUGUCUUGAUAUUAAAAGAAAUGGCAGAAAAUGCGUCAACUGUCUUCAAUGUUCAUGUUCCUGAAUUUGUUGAUGUGAUAUGGGUUGCUUUAAGAGAUCCGAGAUUGGAUGUUCGAGAGCGAGCUGUCGAGGCACUGCGUGCUUGUCUUCGUGUCAUUGAGAAGCGUGAGACACGAUGGCGUGUGCAAUGGUAUUAUCGUAUGUUCGAGGCUACACAAGAUGGAUUGGGUAAAAAUGCUCCCGUUCACAGCAUACAUGGUUCUUUGCUUGCAGUUGGAGAGCUUUUAAGGAAUACAGGUGAGUUCAUGAUGUCAAGGUACAGAGAAGUUGCUGAAAUUGUUCUUAGAUACCUAGAACAUCGAGAUCGUCUUGUUCGGCGGAGCAUAACUUCAUUGUUACCUCGAAUUGCUCAUUUUCUGCGGGAUCGAUUUGUUACAAACUACUUAACGAUAUGCAUGAAUCAUAUUCUGGCAGUUCUUCGAAUACCUGCUGAACGUGCUAGUGGGUUUAUUGCCCUUGGAGAGAUGGCUGAAGCUUUGGAUGGGGAACUUGUGAACUAUUUGCCUUUAAUUAUGACUCCACUACGUGAAGCAAUUGCUCCACGUAGGGGUAAACCCUUACUUGAGGCUUUGGCUUGUGUUGGAAACAUUGCAAAAGCAAUGGGGCCUGCAAUGGAACCUCAUGUUCGUGGACUUUUGGAUAUUAUGUUUUCUGCUGGUCUCUCUUCAACACUUGUCGAGGCUCUCGAUCAAAUAGCUACUAGUAUUCCAUCGCUGCUACCUACCAUUCAGGAUCGGUUACUUGAUUGCAUUUCUAUGGUUCUUUCAAAGUCUCAUUAUUCUCAAGGGAGGUCAGUCGUAGGCACAGGUCGAGGAAAUUUAACGAAUAUUCCUCAGCAAGUGUUUGACCCUAGUAGUUCAGCCCUUGUGCAACUUGCUUUGCAGACUUUGGCUUGUUUCAAUUUUAAGGGUCAUGACCUUCUUGAGUUUGCAAGAGAAUCAGUUGUUGUAUAUUUAGAUGAUGAGGAUGGUGCAAUACGAAAGGAUGCUGCGCUGUGCUGUUGUAGAUUAGUUGCAAAUUCAUUUUCUGGCAUAGCCUGUACACAAUUUGCUACUAGCAGAUCAAAUCGAACAGGGGGAAAGCGUCGGCGUGUGGUUGAAGAGAUUGUGGAAAAGCUUCUAAUUGCUGCUGUUGCAGAUGCUGAUGUUACUGUCCGCCAUUCAAUCUUUUUUGCUUUGCAUGGGAAUCGAAGUUUUGAUGAUUUUUUGGCACAGGCUGACAGCUUGAGUGCAGUUUUUGCUGCUUUAAAUGAUGAGGAUUUUGAUGUACGGGAGUUUGCAAUUUCUCUGGCUGGGAGGUUAUCAGAAAAGAAUCCUGCUUAUGCUCUUCCAGCACUUCGACGCCAUCUUAUUCAGUUGUUGACACACUUGGAGAAGAGUGCAGAUAGCAAAUGUAGAGAAGAAAGUGCAAAGUUACUGGGUUGCUUGAUACGCAAUUGUGAACGACUAAUACGUCCUUAUAUUGCUCCUAUACACAAGGCACUUGUGGCAAGACUUGUUGAGGGUAAUGGCGUCAACACAAACAAUGCCAUUAUUAGUGGAGUUCUUGUGACUGUCGGUGAUCUUGCAAGAGUGGGUGGUUUCGAGAUGAGACAAUACGUGUCUGAACUCAUGCCUUUAAUUGUUGAAGCUUUAUUGGAUGGAGCAGCCGUCACAAAACGUGAAGUAGCUGUUACUACCCUUGGUCAAGUUGUACAGAGCACUGGGUAUGUUAUAACUCCAUAUAAUGAGUAUCCACAGUUGCUAGGCUUACUUUUGAAGUUGCUGAAUGGCGAGUUAGCGUGGUCCACUAGACGAGAAGUCCUAAAGGUUCUUGGAAUCAUGGGUGCCUUGGAUCCUCAUCUUCAUAAAAGAAAUCAACUUAGCCUGCCAGGGUUGCAUGGAGAAGUGACCCGUGCUGCCAGUGAUUCGGGCCAACACCUUCAGGCAAUGGAUGACCUACCUGUGGACCUAUGGCCAUCCUUUGCAACAUCUGAAGAUUACUAUUCCACGGUUGCCAUUAAUUCGCUCAUGCGAAUACUUAGGGAUCCUUCUCUUUCUAGCUACCACCUAAAGGUGGUUGGAUCUCUUAUGUUCAUAUUUAAGUCAAUGGGACUCGGUUGCGUGCCUUACUUACAAAAGGUUUUGCCUGAUCUCUUUCACACUGUUCGUACAUGUGAUGAUGCCUUAAAGGAUUUGAUUACAUGGAAGCUUGGAACUCUGGUGUCUAUUGUUCGUCAGCACAUUCGGAAAUAUCUGCCGGAGUUGCUCUCUCUAAUUUCAGAAUUAUGGUCAUCAUUCAGUUUUCCUUCUGUUAACCGUCCUUCCCUUGGCUAUCCAGUUCUGCAUUUAGUGGAGCAGCUUUGCUUGGCUCUUAAUGAUGAGUUUCGAACAUAUCUUCCUAUUAUCCUUCCAUGUUGUAUUCAAGUUCUAAGUGAUGCAGAACGUUAUAAUGAUUACACCUAUGUUCUUGACAUCCUCCACACUCUUGAAGUCUUUGGUGGAACACUGGAUGAACAUAUGCAUUUACUUCUUCCUGCACUAAUUCGAUUAUUUAAAAUGGAGGCUUCAGUAAAAAUAAGACGUGCUGCUAUAAACACUUUGACAAGAUUGAUUCCACGCGUGCAGGUUACUGGUCAUAUAUCUUCUCUUGUGCAUCAUUUGAAGCUAGUCCUGGAUGGGAAGAAUGAUGAGCUUCGGAAGGAUGCUGUUGAUGCACUUUGUUGUCUGGCUCAAUCUCUUGGAGAGGAUUUCACCAUUUUUAUCCCAUCAAUACACAAGCUUAUGUUGAAGCAUCGAUUGCAGCAUAAGGAUUUUGAAGAAAUUGAAGGACGCUUGAAAAGACGAGAACCAUUGAUCUUGGGAAGCACAGCUGCCCAAAGAUUAGGUCGCAAGCUUCCAGUUGAGGUUAUUAGUGAUCCUUUGCAUGAUAUGGAGAAUGAUCCCCAUGAUGAUGGAUCUGAUGUGCAGAGACAACUUCGAGCGCAUCAGGUUAAUGAUGGUCGAUUACGCUCUGCUGGGGAGGCUUCUCAACGCAGUACCAAAGAAGAUUGGGCAGAAUGGAUGAGACACUUUAGUAUUCAACUUCUUAAGGAGUCUCCUUCUCCUGCCUUGCGAACUUGUGCAAGGCUUGCACAAUUGCAGCCAUUUGUUGGGCGGGAGUUGUUUGCAGCUGGUUUUGUCAGUUGUUGGGCACAACUACAGGAGCAUAGUCAGAAACAGUUAAUUCGGAGCAUGGAGAUGGCAUUUUCAUCUCCUAAUAUUCCUCCAGAGAUUUUGGCAACACUUCUUAAUUUGGCAGAAUUUAUGGAACAUGAUGAGAAAGCUCUCCCUAUAGAUAUCCGCCUCCUUGGUGCUCUUGCAGAAAAGUGCCGUGCUUUUGCCAAAGCCUUGCAUUACAAAGAAAUGGAAUUUGAAGGAGCUCGCUCCAAGAAGAUGGAUGCAAACCCUGUGGCUGUAGUUGAAGCACUUAUCCACAUAAACAAUCAGUUAUACCAGCAUGAGGCUGCUGUUGGUAUAUUGACCUAUGCACAGCAAGAGCUGGAUGUGCAACUGAAAGAAUCAUGGUAUGAGAAGCUGCAGCGCUGGGAGGAUGCUCUCAAGGCCUACACUGCAAAAGCUGCUCAAGCAUCGAGUCCCCAUCUUGUUUUGGAUGCAACUUUAGGUCGUAUGCGAUGCCUUGCUGCUUUGGCUAGGUGGGAAGAGCUUAACAACCUUUGCAAGGAAUAUUGGACUCCAGCUGAACCUGCUGCUCGACUGGAAAUGGCACCAAUGGCCGCAAAUGCUGCUUGGAAUAUGGGGGAGUGGGACCAAAUGGCUGAAUAUGUGUCUCGAUUAGAUGAUGGUGAUGAAACUAAACUCAGGGGAUUGGCGAAUACUGCUUCCAGUGGUGAUGGAAGUAGCAAUGGUACAUUCUUCAGAGCUGUUUUAUUAGUUCGGAGAGGGAAGUAUGAUGAAGCACGUGAAUAUGUUGAGAGAGCUAGGAAAUGCCUGGCAACCGAACUUGCUGCUUUGGUUCUGGAAAGCUAUGAGCGGGCUUAUGUCAAUAUGGUCCGAGUUCAGCAGCUGUCAGAACUCGAGGAGGUUAUUGACUACUGCACACUUCCUUUGGGGAAUUCUGUUGCUGAGGGCCGUCGAGCCCUUAUUCGCAACAUGUGGACUGAGCGAAUACAGGGAGCAAAACGAAAUGUUGAGGUUUGGCAAGUACUUUUAGCUGUUAGAGCACUUGUGCUGCCACCUACUGAAGAUACUGAUAACUGGCUUAAGUUUGCUUCACUCUGUCGGCAAAGUGGACGGAUUAGUCAAGCUAGGUCCACUCUAAUCAAACUCUUACAGUAUGACCCUGACACAUCUGAUGAAAGUGUGCGGUACCAUGGGCCUCCUCAAGUAAUGUUUUCGUACUUAAAAUACCAGUGGUCCCUUGGUGAGGAUCUUAAGCGGAAGGAAGCAUUUGCUAGGCUGCAGAAUUUGGCUAUAGAGCUUUCAAGUUCAACAAGCAUUCAAGUUGCACAAGCAAGCUUGAUGCCUGGUAAUAGCUCAAUUAUUCCUCUCAUUGCUCGUGUCUACCUUAAACUUGGAGAGUGGCAGUGGGCUCUGUCUCCUGUAUUGGAUGAUGAUACCAUACAAGAAAUCCUCCCUGCUUUUCGUAACGCCACUCAUUGUGCUAAUAAUAAAUGGGCAAAAGCAUGGCAUAAAUGGGCAUUGUUCAACACAGCAGUAAUGUCUCAUUAUACUUUGAGAGGUUAUCCCAAUGUGGCGGCACAGUAUGUUGUUGCAGCAGUCACUGGAUAUUUUCAUUCAAUAGCGUGUGCAGCAAAUGCAAAAGGUGUUGAUGAUAGUUUGCAGGAUAUUCUUCGUCUUCUUACAUUGUGGUUCAACCAUGGAGCUACUGCAGACGUCCAAAUGGCACUACAAAAAGGUUUUACGCUUGUUAAUAUCAACACAUGGCUGGUUGUUUUGCCUCAAAUAAUUGCACGGAUACAUUCUAAUAACCAUGCUGUGAGGGAACUCAUACAGUCACUAUUGGUUCGAAUUGGACAAAGUCAUCCCCAGGCUCUUAUGUACCCUCUCCUUGUAGCAUGCAAAUCCAUCAGUAAUUUACGCAAACAGGCAGCUCAAGAAGUGGUUGACAGAGUUCGACAACACAGUGGUGUGCUUGUAGAUCAGGCGCAACUUGUUUCUCAGGAGCUAAUCAGGGUUGCCAUACUUUGGCAUGAGAUGUGGCAUGAAGCACUUGAGGAAGCUAGUCGAUUAUAUUUUGGUGAACAUAACAUUGAAGGAAUGUUAAAGGUGUUGGAGCCAUUACAUGAAAUGCUUGAGGAAGGGGCUAUGAGGCCCAAUACCACCAUAAAAGAGAGAGCAUUUAUUGAGGCAUAUCGGCGUGAAUUACUUGAGGCCUAUGAAUGUUGCAUGAAAUACAAGAGAACUGGGAAGGAUGCUGAGCUUACUCAGGCGUGGGAUCUUUAUUAUCAUGUAUUUAGACGGAUAGAUAAGCAGCUUCAAAGUCUUACGACCCUCGACUUGCAAUCUGUCUCCCCAGAGUUGUUAGAUUGUCGCAAUUUGGAGCUUGCUGUUCCGGGAACAUACCGGGCUGACUCACCGGUUGUUACAAUUGCAUCAUUUGCACCUCAACUUAAUGUCAUAACAUCUAAACAGCGACCAAGGAAAUUGACAAUUCAUGGGAGUGAUGGUGACGAUUAUGCCUUUCUUUUGAAGGGUCAUGAAGAUUUACGCCAAGAUGAACGGGUCAUGCAGCUUUUUGGUUUGGUAAAUACACUACUGGAAAAUUCAAGAAAAACUUCAGAGAAGGAUCUUUCAAUUCAGCGAUAUUCUGUGAUUCCAUUGUCUCCAAACAGUGGAUUGAUUGGCUGGGUCCCAAAUUGUGACACCCUUCACCAUCUUAUUAGGGAAUACAGAGAAGCUAGAAAGAUCACACUGAAUCAAGAACACAAGUUUAUGUUAAGUUUUGCACCGGAUUAUGACCAUUUGCCCCUCAUAGCAAAAGUAGAAGUGUUUGAGUAUGCUCUUCAAAAUACAGAAGGAAAUGACCUUGCAAGGGUUCUUUGGUUGAAAAGUCGUACUUCGGAAGUAUGGCUGGAGAGAAGAACGAACUAUACGAGAAGUUUAGCUGUCAUGAGCAUGGUUGGUUACCUUCUUGGCUUAGGUGAUCGUCACCCAAGCAAUCUUAUGCUACACCGCUAUAGUGGGAAGAUCUUGCAUAUUGAUUUUGGGGACUGCUUUGAAGCUUCUAUGAAUCGUGAAAAAUUCCCCGAGAAGGUUCCCUUCCGCUUAACAAGAAUGCUUGUGAAAGCAAUGGAGGUCAGUGGGCUUGAGGGCAACUUUCGUUCUACUUGUGAAAAUGUGAUGCAAGUUCUACGAACGCAUAAAGAUAGUGUUAUGGCCAUGAUGGAGGCCUUUGUUCACGAUCCUCUCAUCAAUUGGCGUCUUUUCAAUUUCAAUGAAGUUCCACAAAUGUCAAUGCUUGCGAGUACUCAUGUUCCUGCCGUUGUGAAUAGUGAGGAACCUUCUGCAAAUAGAGAAAUGCCUCAACGGGGCGCUCGCGAAAGAGAACUUCUUCAGGCUGUCAACCAACUUGGUGAUGCAAAUGAGGUCUUAAACGAACGGGCUGUUGUUGUCAUGGCUCGGAUGAGUAAUAAACUUACCGGACGUGACUUCUCCACUUGCUCGUCGGUAUCAUCAACCAAUGCCGUUCAGCAGGCAGUAGACCACAAUACCUUGAUCUCUGGAGAUACUCGUGAAGUAGAACACGGUUUAUCUGUCAAACUGCAAGUUCAAAAGUUGAUCAUCCAAGCAACAUCCCAUGAAAAUUUAUGUCAAAAUUAUGUUGGGUGGUGUCCAUUUUGGUAAUUCCAUCACGACUGUAUAUAUUGUUCAUAUGUUGUUGUACAUAGCUCAGCCUAAAAAAAUAACUUAAGAAACUUGUCAUUUGAUGUAAAUAGCCUACCCUAUAGAUGUACAGCUUGUCAUGUAAUUUAUGCUCUCUUCUAGAAUUCUUGCCCUUUUUUUUUUUUUUUAAUUUUUUUCACCCACGUGCUUGUAUGAUGUCAUUGUACAUUUAUGCAUUAUUUGGUGAAGGGCGAGUAAUAUUCAAUUUUUUUUUA